AUGACAAACUCUUAUGAUUCCUCGGACUUGAACUCCGUUCUCCAGACGCUGUCUGGUCUAGCACGCCAGAACGGCUCCCAGACACCGAUUGUCAAAGCUUCAGAACCGUGCUCGAAGGUUCAGACACGGCCAGAGAGUCACUAUACUCCCCAGACCCGAAACAAUAUCUCGUCGAAUCCACCAGGUGUUGAUCCGAGUACAAUUACGAGUUGGCCUGCUGCAUUGCGCUAUGUUAUGCGCACAGUUGGUCAGAAUGAAGAGACCCAGCGCCAUAUCCGCGGCCUGAUUACGAGCCAGCAUACGCAUGAGCUGAAAUGGUGGAAAGGCCGGGAGGUGUUGGUCGAGAAGCAACUUUCCCGAGGUCAAAAGCAGAAAGAGCUGGCCGAGUGCCUGCGCCUAAUUGGUGCACCAGUGGACAAGACAGAAGUCCAGAGUGCACAAGAGCUGCAAGCAGAGCUUGCAAAUUAUGAUCUCAAGAUCUACCGCGCCGUUGAGACUAUGGCAGACGCCAUGACGCGAGAACUCAAGGCUCUGAAGAUACCGUUCUUCGUCAUCAACCGAAACCUUAUUGAUGACGCCACGCUCAGCAAGGCCGAGCUUCGAAGCUUGCAGCUUCGCAUGCUGCAGCUGCUUGAAGACCUUUGCAAGGAGUGA